UUCAGUUUUUUUUUUUGGAAAAGGAGGAUAUUUCGUUUCAGAUAACAUGAAUAUCCAUAAAAGAAAAAAUUCUAGUAUUCUUGAACACUUCGCAUUUUGAAUGUAAAAUCCUGACACUUUGAACUGACGAGAUGCCCUUGCGUUUGCCAGGGCCACUUUGCUAGUUUCACAUUAAAAAACAAAGGACAAACUUGGGGAACUUUUUCUUGCAACUUGGGGAAUUGGCUCUAUAGCUAAAGCCACACGCUCAUGAGUCAUGAACUGUCCUGUAUUUCCACGUCCAUCCGCACGCACCAGAGCACCAUAUAUACCGGAGCCUUCCCCUCCCCUGCACCCAACUCGCUCGCUUCCCUCUUCCUCUGUCUCCCUUCCCCCCACACCGAAAGCAGCAGGCAAGCGCACCACCAUUCUACGCUCUGCUCAGCUUUGCUCGAAACUCGCCUCCACACACGCCCACAAUGGCGGCUUCAGUAGCUUGCUCCUUCUUCUUUGACGCGGAGCUGCUCGCCGAGCCCGGCUUGCCCGCGCUGGACGCGUGCGCGCUCUGCGCCAAGCCGCUGGCGCGCGACAGCGACAUCUUCAUGUACAAGGGCGACACGCCCUUCUGCAGCGAGGAGUGCCGCGACGAGCAGAUGCAGCUCGACGCCAUCUCCGCCAGGCAGGCCGCCCGGAGGCAGCAGCGGUUCUCGUCGGGAACGGAGGCCCGGCGCGGGCACCAGGAGUCCAGGAAGGUGUCCGUCGCGAGCUAGCCGGCUAGGCUCGUCGCCUAGUAGAGUAGAGCCCGGCUUGAAUCAAUGGGAUCUCAAGAAUCACCGAUCUGGCGAGACGAAGGAGACAGAUAUCUCCGGUUUGUCUCGCCUGAACCGGAGAAGCAAUGAAGGAUCUGAAAAAGUUCAUGUGCUGAGGCUCCGGCCAUCUGGGUCGCCCGCUGGACGCAUGUUUGUUUGAGGCUUUUGAGCCGCGCUUGGUGCAGCACCAUAAAUCGGAACCACUUUGAAUCCAUGUUUGGACACAAUUUUUUGCCCACAGAUCAUGACUUGUCUGAGCUUUGCAUUUUCCGUUUUCCGAUCACCGUUCAUCUCUAAAUCGAUCAUACGCCUUAAGGGAAAUCGAGUAUUCGUAGAGCAUCUAGGCGCUGCACCAUGAAAUCUCGCCAGACUAACACAGGUUAGGCGCGCAGACACCGCUUGAAUGAGAGUAUGUAUGUCGAUCUGUUAUGAAUCAAACGUCCGUGCAAAAUUCCUCGGU